UCCAUCUGACGUCACCGACAAAAUGGCAGCCUACUUGAGUCGGUUGCACCACAUUUCACUCCAUGUUACAAGCGUGGAUAAAUUAGCUUAUGAUCUAGUUUCUAAAUUUAAAUUUAAUUUAUUUGCAGCGAGACUAACUGACAAAUCAAGACAGCUCGCUUUCAGGAAAGGAGCGGCGGUUUUCGUAGUAAACGAGAGAUCGAAUCAGAUACUUCACACAUUGAAUGAAGGAGCGUCUCCCACGACAAGCAAUUCUUCUUCACGCAAAAUAUGGAACGACGCGAUAAAGCACAAAAGAAAAAACAUUGAUGACAAGUGUCUUUAUGAUGUGCAUCCUCAGUACACCGUGGAUACCGCAUGCAAUGUGUGCUUCGAAGUCGAGGAUGUGGAAAGGUCAUUCAAUUCUCUUCGCGAUCAAGGUUGUGAGUUUCUGGUGCCCCCCACUGUGGUGCAUGACGAGAGAGGACUUGUCACGUUCUCGGUUGUAAAGUCGAUCGUGGGAAAUGUGUGCCAUACGCUCAUUGACAGGACUAAAUACGAAGGGAUCUUUUUGCCCGGGUUCCAUGACGUCGAUAAUGUGAUCAGUAGUGACUUGGACCAAAUUUCAGAUUGUCCGAUUACCCAUUUUGAUCAUAUAACGUAUGCAUGCCCAAGAAAAAGUACAGUCGAAGUUAUGCGGUGGUAUGAGAGGCACUUCGGUUUUCAAAGAUUCUUAAUCGAUAGUGAAGAGGAUGUUGAUGAGGGUUAUGUGCUCAAUCAGGAUGGCAUCGGACUACGUCUUACUGCAAUGGAGUUUUGGAAAUGCAGUGAAGAAGGAAUUCAGCUUCCUUUCAAGGAUGUGACAGAACCCGAUUGCAAGUUUGUAAUUGCAGAGUCUCUACCUGAACAAAGUAGCAACCAGGUGGAUACCUUCUUGGAGCAACACAAAGGUCCAGGCAUCCAGCACAUUGGUCUGUACACACAAGACAUUGUCUCCACUACGCAGACAAUGGCCACAGCUGGCGUGCAUUUCUUCUCCCCUCCUCCUGCUUACUACACUGAGUUGGGCAAACAGCAGGAGAUGGAGGAUGCAGGUUACGACCCCCAGAUGCUGUCCCAGCAUGGGAUCCUCCUGGACACAGACCUGCGCCAAGACUCCUCCCCCUCUCACACAACAACUAAUCAAAACAAACGGUACCUUCUCCAGGUUUUUACAAAGCCAAUAUUUGCAGAGGAUACCUUCUUCCUUGAGCUGAUAGAGAGAAGAGGGGCAUCUGGAUUUGGGGAGGGUAACAUUCGGGCUUUGUGGAGGUCAGUGCAGGCCUAUAUGGAGAAUGAGAGUGCAAUGCCACAAAGACAAAACACUCAUGACAUCACUGUGCAAACUGGUCAACAUUGACAGCAAUUUGAUUCUAAAUAUGAGAAAUGUAUAAAGCACUUUAAAAAACGUACAUGUACUGUAAAUGUGUUAAAUUAUAAUCUGAUGAUACGAAUAUAU